AUCAGACCACUAAGAGCGAAGCGUGGCGAGAUGAAGCGCAUCAGUCAGGCCCGUGAAAAGAGCCCGGAUGUCUCCGGGUCUCCCAGCAGCCACCGCGGGAUUUAGAGGCUGGCCCGGACUCGAUACGUGUCGUCACACUUCCGCCUUCCCGACGCAUGUGGGCCCCCUGCGGUUGUAACCAGUCGGCGGCGGCGGCGUGUGUGUGUGUGUGUGUGUGUGCGUGUGCGUGUUCAGCGUCCCGCGUUUUGGAUGAAACGCGUCGGGUAGGAAACAACAUCUGACAUGGCAUCUCGAGCAGGUCCCAGGGCGGCUGGCACCGAUGGCAGUGAUUUUCAGCACCGUGAGAAAGUCGCCUCACACUACCAGAUGAGUGUUGCCCUGAAGUCGGAGAUCCGUAAACUCAACAUUGUCCAUGUGCUGAUCUGGCUGCUGAUGGCAGCUCAGGUGACAGUGAGCCAGCUGAGCCUGGUGUCCCACAGGGUGGUGGCCUCACCAUACCAAUGGGAGUACCCCUACCUUCUCAGCAUCAUUCCCUCCAUCUUCAGCUUCCUGGCCCUGCCACGGAACAACAUCAGCUACCUGGUCAUCUCCAUGAUCAGCGCCGGGCUCUUCUGCGUGGCUCCACUGAUCUAUGGGGCCAUGGAGAUGUUCCCCGUGGCACAGCAGCUCUACCGGCACGGCAAGGCCUACCGCUUUAUCUUCGGCUUCUCAGCCGUGUCCGUCAUGUACCUAGUGUUUGUCAUCGCUCUGCAGGUGCACGCCUGGCAGAUCUACUACAGCAAGAAGCUGCUGGACCAGUGGUUCACCAACACGCAGGAGAAGAAGAAGAAGUAACGAGUCUGUCGGAUCAAAUGACAAGUAAUGUUGGCGCCGAGAUCAUCUGUGUUGCAUUGUGGGGACAAAACGAGGAUCAUGGUGCUGAGGGUGUUUCGUUGGGAGGGCAGUGCUUGAACUGUUGGUGUCGGACGAGAACA